AUGGCAGCAGCUGAGUUAGGAAUAAUAACACGCAAAGAUGAGCAUUACAAUGGCAAGAUGACCCUGCUUGUUGUGCUAUCUUGUAUGGUUGCUGCCAUGGGAGGCAUUAUUUAUGGCUAUGAUAUUGGGAUUUCAGGUGGAGUAACUUCAAUGGAGCCGUUUCUCAAGAAAUUUUUCCCAGAAGUGCACACUAAGAUGAAAGAAGAUACCAACCUCAUCAACUUUGGUGCUGAAAAGAUCACAGGCGGCUGGGGGUUCCGAAUCUCCCUAUCCUUGGCAGCAGUCCCAGCCUCAAUACUAACUCUAGGUGCUCUUUUACUGCCAGAAACACCCAACAGCUUAAUCCAACGUUCCAACGACCACCAAAAAGCCAAGUCAAUGCUACAACGAACACGAGGAUGCGAAGAUGUCCAAGCAGAACUGGAUGAUCUCAUCAAAGCAAGUGAAAAUUCAAAAACCAUCAAACACCCCUUUAAGAAAUUGAUGCAAAGAAAGUAUAGGCCUCAACUUGUCAUGGCAAUUGCCAUGCCAUUCUUUACACAAGUGACUGGGAUCAAUGUCAUCUCAUUUUAUGCACCAGUACUAUUUAGAACGCUUGGUCUAAGUGAAAGCAUGUCACUCUUGUCAGCUGUGAUGAGCGCCGGCAUGGUAGGCACCUGCGCGACAUUUGUAUCAAUGCUUAUGGUGGACAAACUAGGCAGAAGAACUCUGUUUGCAAUUGGGGGCAUUCAAAUGUUUGUGUCACAAGUUAUAGUAGGGAGCAUAAUGGCUGCUGAGCUAGGUGACAUUGGUGGAAUAAGGAAAGGGUAUGCAUAUUUGCUGAUCAUCUUUGUGUCUGUGUAUGUAGCUGGGUUUGCUUGGUCAUGGGGCCCACUAGGGUGGCUGAUCCCAAGUGAGAUUUUCCCACUGGAGAUAAGAUCAGCUGGGCAAAGUGUUACAGUGGCAGUAAACUUUUUGUCGACUUUUGGUAUUGCUCAAUCAUUUCUGUCCAUGCUUUGUCACUUCAAGUCUGGGAUCUUCUUCUUUUUCGGAGGUUGGGUUGUGGUGAUGACUGGUUUUGUGUACCUCUUGUUGCCUGAGACUGCAAAUAUUCCUAUUGAGAAGAUGGAUGGGGUGUGGAUGGGGCAUUGGUUUUGGAACAGAUACGUGGGACAAGUGAGGGAGGAUAGUGAUUAAUUAAUCUGUAAUUAAUGAUGUGGUAAAUUGAUUGUUAACCCAUCUAACCAAAAAGGUUAGAGGUUAAUUAGAUUGUACCACUCUAGGGUUAUUGGCCUUUUGCAAUUUGGGACCAUUUGUAGAAGUUUACUGAAAAACAUAUCACAUUAGAGAGAGCUAUAGCGGUAUGCUCUGUUUUAGAGGUUCGCAGGUGCGAAGCCAAACCACACCUGAAACCAAUCAAUUAGAGCUAACAGACUCAGUUUAUGCUAAAUGCCUAAUAAUCAUGCAUUAUGAUAAGUUGAA